CAGAGCCCAACAUGCGAGCUCAAGGAACCAACUGACUUAACCAACCGUGCCACCCAGGUGCCCCAUGACCUUUUCCCAGCAAUAGCUAGCCCCCUCAAGGUCCUGGAAACCUUGUUUCCAAAAUACCCUGGGGGCUUGUGCUGUCCCAAACACCUUCCCACCUUGAAAGAAUAUAAUCAGUCACCCAUCACAGCCCCAGUGGUAUUCUUUCUGCGCACCAGGCCUGUCCCCAGGCUUUGAUAAAAGCAUCUUUUGGCACAGAAGAAGUUUCAAGAAUCUCAAGAAUUCUUUCCUUGCCGUUGGCUCCAAAUCCCACUUUCCUAUAUUGCUACCAAGUGCCAGGCAUUUCCAAGGGAAUCAGGCUAAUGAGGGACAGUCCCUGUCAUGCACUGAUAUCCUCCACUCAAGCCGCACCUGUGUACUGGCUGUCCCUGCACGUACCAGAGGCUGCAUUUCCAAACCUGGUCUGCACAGCCCUGCCCUCAGCUUUGAUGCAGCUGUCUCCCAUUCUCUUCCCAGCGAACUACCGUUGGUCCUUUAAGGCCCAGCUCCAGUGUUCUCUGAACCUUCUCUCAUGCCUCUCCCUAACCCCUUAAUCCCUCCAAAGUGUUUCCUCUUCCCCGAUUCAAGCUUCCUCAUUAGACACUAAGCUCCCUGCGGGUGGGGUGGACCCACUCUCCCUCUUAUAGCCCCAUAACAAACCUCCCCACUCCGCAUUCCACCCCGAUCCCCCAGCUUCCUUCGUGACCUAGUUGCAGGUCCCUCUGGGAGCCAGGUACUGCCAGCUGAACAGAGCAAAGUCUACGGACUGAUGUGAUGAAAGGCCAGGAUGAGAAGAGGGUACUCAGGGAGCCAUGGGCGCAGCCAUGGUCUGGAAGAAACUGGGCUCCGGCAACUUCUCCGACUGCCCCAAUGGCUCCCGCCGGUGGAUAUGGGACGUGUUCGGCGAAUGCGCCCAGGACGGCUGGGAUGAGGCCAGUGUGGGCCUGGGCUUGAUCUCGAUUGUCUGUUUUGCAGCAUCCACCUUCCCCCAGUACAUCAAGGCCUGCAGGACGGGCAACAUGGACCAGGCGCUGUCUCUUUGGUUCCUUUUGGGCUGGAUUGGAGGGGAUUCCUGCAACCUCAUCGGCUCCUUCCUCGCUGACCAGCUGCCCCUGCAGACCUACACGGCGGUGUACUACGUGCUGGCGGACCUGGUGAUGCUGUCCCUCUACUUUCACUACAAGUUUAAGAAGCGCCCCUCUCUGCUGUCUACCCCCAUCAAUUCAGUGCUGCUGUUCAUCUUGGGGCUGGCGUGUGCCGCCCCGCUGCUGAGGACCACGGGCCCUGUGGCCGCCCAGAGGGAGGUCUUCCGGGGCCGGACGCUCCUGUCAGUGGAGCCGGGCAGUAAGCCCUUCACUCAGCAGGAGAUCGUUGGCUUUGUCAUCGGCUCGGUCUCCAGCGUGCUCUACCUGCUUUCCCGGCUGCCUCAGAUCCGCACCAACUUCCUGAGGAAGUCCACGCAGGGCGUCUCCUACUCGCUGUUCGCCUUGGUGAUGCUGGGGAACACGCUGUACGGGCUGAGCGUGCUGCUCAAAAACCCGGAGGUGAGCGAGGACGAGGGCAGUUACCUGCUGCACCACCUGCCCUGGCUCGUAGGCAGCCUGGGCGUGCUGCUGCUCGACACUGUUAUCUCCAUACAGUUCCUGAUAUACAGGGACACGGCCACCUCCUCGGAGCGCCAGCCCCUCCUCCCCAGUUGACUCGGACCCAGGCCAAGCCCAGGACAAUGGGGAUCUCCAGACGCUGCUCCCAGGAAGGGACAAGUGCGGGCAGACAUGGUGCUGCUGACCCUGGAGUGGGCCGUGGAGGCAGCCGGGGGUGCCUUAAGGGCCCGGCCCAGGCACCUCCCCCACCUCCAGAACCUGCUGGGUGACUCUUCCAGGAACCCUGACCGAUUUGACUCUUCAGGGGGCAGGGAGUGGGGAACAAGGGGGCGCCGGGGCCAGUCCCCCCCAAGACACACCCCUAGAAUCUGAGACUGCUGUCCCUGGGAGCUCCCACGGGGGCUGCCGCUGAGACCUCGGCUCCUCCAAGGCAGUGGGUGCCCCUCGACUCCCCUCCCUUCGUCUGCCUGCACACACACACACACACACCUCUGGAGCGGGUGCGGCAGCCGCCAGUGACCCCAGGACUGUCGUGUUGACUACAGACCGUGCAGUAAACGGCCCCUCCCAGCGAGGCAUCUUUCUGGUGCUCCUUCCCCGAGGUGCUGCGGUCUGGGCUGCGCUGAGCAGCCGCGGUGCACGGGGAUCUGGGCCCCAGCUUCCAGGUCCCAGGUGAGGGUCUAGAGGCUGAGAUGUGGCAGAGCCAUACAGGAGCAGACUGUCCCGCCUCCAGGGGACCUCGGGUUCCGGGACCUGGUUCUCUUUAACAGAAUCCACACCCGCGGCUGAGAUCCAGCAGCGAGAAUGACGGGGUCCCGGCCCCUCAGUGCUCAGGAAGAAGCAGAAAAAAAAGAAAAAAGUUAAGGUUCAGAUCUUGGUUCUGCCUCUUAGCUUCUCUGUGCCUCAGUUACCUCAUCUGUGAAAUGGGUAUAAUUAGCAGAGGUUAGUCCCAAAGUCUGGCAGGUAGUAAGCGUAUCAUAAAGGUUAGCUUUGGUAAUUUUCAGGUGGAGGAGAGGCACUUGCAGAUCUCCCUGAAACCUUCCUGGAGGAGGGAGACA